GGGGUGCGCGGGCCCAGCCCGUCGACUCUGGCCCGCGGCCCCAGAUACUUGCCCAAGAGAGCUCCAGAAACACCAGAAAACACCAGAGAACAUCAGGAAAAUACCAGACAAAACCACACAAAAACACACAACCACACAACCACACAACCACACAAACACACAAACACACAAACACACAAACACACAAACACACAAACACACAAACAUAACCCCACGAAACGCCCAAUGUCGCUACCGCUCGUGCUCCUCUCCGGGGCCGCCCUCCGCCUCGCGUUGCCUACGCUUUUCCCCCAAAUCACCACCGUACUAGCGGCCACUGCUGAGGUGUCUACACCCAUAGACUCGUUCCGCUCGCUCAAAGAGGCGUUUUUCUAUUUGGACCAUGGCAUUGAUGUGUACGACGGCGCCAUCGUGCACCACCCGCCCUUGUUUGUGACGUUGAUGAAAUUGCUCAACGACGCCCUUCCGCCGCCAUACAACGACUUCUUGUUCACGGCUCUCUAUACUGCUCUCGACGUGGGAAUCGCAUACAAACUCACGCAAUUGAACGCCUGGUACAACCAGCACCACUCGCGCAAAACAGGCCGGACGUUUGAGGGCGCCAGCGCCGGCUUGGUGGCCGCGUUCUACCUCUUCAACCCAUUGCUUGUUUUGACCAACUGGGCGCACUCGACUGCGGUGUUCACGUACUUCUUGGUCGUGGAACUGUUGGUGCAGGCCGUUGUGGACAAGAACAUCUACCGCGGCGCCAUGGCACUUGGCGUGGCGUCGUAUUUGUCGUUCAACCCAAUCUACAUGAUAGCGCCGUACUUGGCCUUGGCGUACGCGGUGGCACCCGUGCGGGACUGGGAGACCCAGAUCGUGAAGACGUUUGUGAUUUUCUUCUUUUCCGUGACCAGCUUGCUCCUCGUGUCGUUCGCUCUCUACCCGCUGAUCGACUUCCUCUACCUGUGCUACUGGUCCGUGAUACUGUUUGAGAAAAUCACGCCCAACUUGGGGCUCUGGUGGUACAUCUUCACGGAGAUGUUCGAGUUCUUCUCUCUGUUGUACAAGGGCAUCUUCAACUUGUACAACUUUGUGUUUGUGGUUCCCUUCACGCUCCGCUUCUUCGAGUACGCCUCCGACAAAAGAACUGGCGACUCGUUCUUCGCCUUCGCUCUCUGUUUCCUCUGGAUCUCCUUCUCGAAGUCCUACCCGAUCAUAGGCGAUCUUGGUUUUUCCAUCUCACUCUUCCCCAUUUUCAAGAACACGGUGAUCCCACACGCCAAGUUUUUGUCUAUCACCACUCUCAUGCUCAUCACAUGCUUGCUUUUGUCGCCCAUUUUCUACUACUGCUGGAUCGUGCUCGGAAACGGCAAUAGCAAUUUCUUCUACAGCAUGAGCUUGGCCUGGGGCGUCAUCCACGUGUUGCUCUUCUUGGAUCUCAUUUGGGGCAGAUUGACCUUUGAGUACAUUGAGACGAACAACGUGGAGAAUGUUGAAAAACUCCGCUUGUCGCAAAUUUAGAUGCACAUCGAUGCGAACUAAAAACGGUAGCAGGUUGAACGGCAUUCUUCCUUUUCGAAUGUCAAUGAUGUGGGGAUACUGGACACGUUCGAGCAUGCCAGCUUGGAAAAGCCAGUCGACUUCGUAAACCUGCCUAUGGUGUCCAUAUGCGCUUCGUAACCUAUUUUGAUACGGGCGUCUGUAAGUAGCCUAAAAAUGUCUCUACUAUUUAUGCAUAAGCGUGCUGGAUACUAACUACGGAAAGGUUAUGUCUUGUGGUCCGGAGCUUUCACGGGCCACAAAAACGUGGUGAGUAGAGAGUACUUUCUUGGUGUGUUUGUUUGUUUCUUCACAA